GUGCCGUAUCCGUCGCGCCUCACGCCUUGGUUCGGCUCAUCCCACACCGUGAGCGUGACACGGCCGGACCGGCCUCCUUCUCUGUUGGCGCCACCACUCCCCUGACAACCGAAAAAGAAAUUAGAAAACCGCAGCCAAUCCAGCCGAGUCUGCAAAAAAUCUUGGAAGCCGCGGGAGCGAGAGCCAUGGAGGACAUCGGCGAGGGACCCGCCGAGAACCUUCCGGAGCCCCUGUCUCCAGCCGUGGAGGCCGAGGACGAGGACGGCGACGAGUUCAGCUUCCCCGUUCCUCCGGUCGCCGCCGGCGCGUGCAUCGUGCCCGUGUACCCGAUCUUCGGCCGGCCCCCGUCCCCGCUGCGGGAGGAGGAGGAGGAGGAGCCGGAGACGGCCACCUUGCGGGUGCCGCUGGGCCGGCUCCUGCUGGAGGAGCGGGAGUUCCGCGCGCGGGAGCCGGACGGGCGAUCGUCGAGUGCGCAGGCGUGGCAGGACGAGGACGAGGACGACGCCUCCGGCGGCGGCGGCGGCGCCGGGGACGAGGACCUGCAGGGCGUGCCGGCGGAGAGCUACUGCCUGUGGGCGCCCGGCGGGCAGUCGCCGGCGCCCGCGUCCCCGCGCCGGUGCCGGAAGAGCGGCUCCACGGGCUCCGUCCUCCGCUGGCGCCGCAUCAGCGACCGCCUCGUCGGCCGCAGCCACAGCGACGGCAAGGAGAAGUUCGUGUUCCUCACCGCCGUUCCGGAUCCGCCUCGUCCUAGUAGGAGUAACAAGGAAGUGGAUGAAGGAGGCGGCGACGGCGAGGCAGGCAGCGUGGCGCAUCAGAUGAGAUAUUACGGUAGAGGCGGCGGCGGCGGCGGCGGCAGCCGGAGGCGUUCGUACCUACCGUACAAGCAAGAGCUCGUCGGGCUGUUCGCCAACGUCAGUGGGCUGCGCCGGAGCUACCACCCGUUCUAAAACGCGAUCUGUCCAUGCCUUCCGACCUCCGUCAGUGGGCCAAAAAGUAAAAAAAGAUGAUAUCUUGCUCGUUUUUCUGUGGAUAAUACUGCCUAUAGUACUGUGCACUGUUUUUUUACAGUACGGCGGAAGCAGUAGAUCUGCGUAUUUUCUCUCUAAGUUAUCGGCUUGGAUAAAAUAGGGUUUUAGUUUUAAUUAAAAAAAUAGCAGAACCUCAGCAAGGGGAAAAGAGGUAACGUAGCGUGUGUACUGCUGCUAGUCUGCUACUCAUUUGUUCACAACUUCACAUACUUGACUUCACUUGAGAAAAAUAACCUGAGGUUUCCUUAAUAUACAUACGCCAU